AUGGACAAAACGGAUGAACUGACGACUCUCAGAGAAGAAAUUAAUCGUCUUAAUUUCAUUCGAGAUGAACAAUUCAGAUUACGUAAAUACUUCACUGACAACGUAGAAAAAAUAAAGGUUGCCGUGGCUUUUCUUUUUGACUUCACAACGGAUGAUGAGAAGCGGGAUUACUUGAAGUCUUUAAUUUCCACGCAUGCAGAAGAAGAAUUGAGAGCACAAUUGGAGGCGUUUAAACUUGGUCGUGAACUUGGUUAUGCGAGCACUCAACCAUUAACAACUCAUUUACCUCCAGGCGAAGCACAUUUUAAUCGGAUUUACUUUUAG